AUGCGCCUGCUGAGUUUUUCUGGCCCUUUGAUUCGGGAGUCAACCCAGGCUACAUUAUGGACUACUACACCUCCAUCAACUCAACCCAGACCGCCGCGCUUCCGGCGAGAUCUGACUAGUACACCUCCAGCGACUCAACCCAGACCACCUGGCCUCCAGCAAGAUCCAACUAGUACGCCUCCCUCAACUCAAGCCAGCCUGAGACCGCCGUGCUUCCGAGGUCAUGACGAUAGUGGGUCAACGUACCGAGACCAUGAAGGCAACUCGGACAGACAAUCUCCUGUGGAUCAAAGUGACGAUCAAGAUAUCAAGGCCUCUCAAGUGGCUGGAGCAAAAAGGUACAUAGCAAUGCUGGAGGAUGAGCUUGAAAAGCUCCAUAGUGGCUUGAAGUGCAAAAUUGAAUCUAAUGGUGAUUGCUAUAUUAACCAAGGACGAGCAAUUCAAUGUCUUGUGUCUCUUUUUGAGUCCAUCAACAAUAUUGUUGGUGAGCAGGACAGGAGGGCCAUGUUAGACGAUGACGAGUCAUCCAUUGAGCAGAGCAUUCUACCGAUGAAAACUAUAAAGCUAUCAGAUCCCAAGUUCACCACCAAGGACCAAAAUGCACUCUUUCAGAAGCUUAGGAAAGGGGCUGACGGUGCCCAAGGUGAUGAUGUGGGGAACUUAAAAUCAAUUAUUGUGUCCUGGAUUGCAGAAAUAUUCUCCGUUGCCGAUCUGACUCUGGAUGCUAGCGAUAAGAGUAGCUGCGGCUUUGCAAACGAUCAUACUGGCCACCUCCUGUGCCCCAUAGAAUACGAUUGGAGUGACUCAAAAGUUAAAACUGGUAUACAUGAUCAUAACCCAGACUUCUUAGUGACGGCGCUCAUGAUGCCUACCUUCUUGUAUGAGAACUAUAAAAUGAAUGCUGAUGACAUGGAAGAAGGUUUAUUCAAAAGCACAUUGUUGUUGAAGACAUUCAAGUUUAUCUUUACCUCCCCUUCAUCAGCGAGGGGCAUGGUAGAGAAUGACUCCUAUGUUUCCAUGCCUACUACAGGUCAGUCACAUCCAAUCGAUGGGGAUUUUGACUACAAAGAGUUCUACAGGUUUAUUGCUGAUUUCCUUGAGAUGCCCCCAGGUCCUGCCAGCAAGAAUCGUGUUAACGUGUUAUUAUUAUGGUGGAAUCGAAAAGUUUUCGGCCCUCAUAAUGCUAGCAACUACAGCCCCCAGGAUUACGCAAGGAUGUUGGUGUCGAAGCUUGAGGCACAAAGAGUUGCUCAAGAAAGUAUAUUGUUGAUCUAA